AUGCGUGGCAGCCGUCAAGGCUCGUUUUCUGUAGCGUUUCUUCGACUUUCUACGUUCCUCGCCACUUCCUCCACCGGUUGGGAUAGGCUUACACUUGUGCGGAAAGCCGCCAAAGAGAGGUGCGCCAGAUUUUUGCUACACGAAUUUUCGCGUCUGACGUUUCGACACAGCUUACGACUUGGUGGUAUGCGGAAGGCGCGUGCUAUCUGGGAUUUACAACGAACCGAUGGCACCGGAGAACAGGAAUUGUGCCCUUGGUCUUUGGUAUCGUUGGGUCUGAAAAGGCAACGGCCGGUCUUUGCGUAG